ACUUCAGAACGCGGCCGGCUCCCAGCUGCGGCUCGCCCCUCCCGUUCUACGCCGAGAGACCGAACAGAGAGAGCUGCGAAGGUCGAAGCGCCAGGGAGACUCAGGAGCGGCCACCUCCCGGCCUCCUCGGCCUUUUCCCGCGCGUUCUUGGAGGCCGGCGAGCGGUCCCGGGGGGGGGAGGGGGACGCGCUCCCCAGCCCGCCGCAGGAGGCGGGCACGCGCACGCACGCUGGUGUGCGCGCUUGUCUCCUCGGAACCCGGAAGUACGAGGGAGAGGAGCCACGUGGGUUGAGCUGGAGCGCAGCUCGAAUGGGGGAGUCUAUCCCGCUGGCCGCCCCGGUCCCCGUGGAACAGGCUGUGCUGGAGACGUUCUUCUCUCACCUGGGUAUCUUCUCAUACGACAAGGCCAAAGACAAUGUGGAGAAGGAACGGGAGGCCAACAAGAGCGCGGGGGGCAGCUGGCUGUCGCUGCUGGCGGCCUUGGCGCACCUGUCCGCGGCCGAGAAGGUCUAUCACAGCCUCACCUACCUGGGGCAGAAACUAGGGGGCCAGUCUUUCUUCAGCAGGAAGGAUUCCAUCCGUACCAUCUAUACCUCGCUGCACAAUGAGCUGAAGAAGGUGGUGACUGGCCGAGGUGCCCUGGGUGCAACUGCUCCUCACGUGGAAGAACUCCUUUCUCACCUGUCAGAACAGCUCUGCUUCUUUGUUCAGGCUCGGAUGGAGAUCGCAGAUUUCUAUGAGAAGAUGUACACCCUCAGCACACAGAAGGUCAUCAACGCUGAAGAGCUGGUUGGCCUUUUGGAUGCCAUUCUCAAGAAAUACAGCUCCAGGUCAGUAUAGCGUAAGGCGGGGAGAGAAUGUCACAGUCGUCUGGAUCCCA